AUGGCUGAUCAAGGCAAAUUGAACGACCCCGUCGUCGGGACGUACUCCGCCCACCCUUCUCCCGUCAUUGAUCCCAAUGAGCGCCGUCGUCAGGCCCUCGAACAGAUCGACAAUGCCGAAUUCGGCUGGCGUCAUGUUCGUGCCUGUGUCGUUGCCGGUGUUGGUUUCUUCACCGAUGCCUACGAUAUCUUCGCCAUCAACAUGGCAUCCGCCAUGUUGGGUGUAGUCUUCUGGGUCGACAGCAACAAGGGAAAAAUCCCCAGCAACUCCGAUACAGCCAUAAAGGUUGCCACCUCUGGCGGUACCGUCAUCGGUCAGCUCGCUUUCGGUUGGCUUGCGGAUCACGUCGGUCGUAAGCGCAUGUACGGUCUUGAGCUCAUCAUUAUAAUCUUUGCCACCCUCGCCCAGUCUCUCUCCUCUGAUUCUCCUUCCAUGUCCAUCGUCGGCGUCCUUAUCUUCUGGCGUGUGAUCAUGGGUAUUGGUAUCGGUGGUGACUACCCCUUGUCUUCCAUCAUCACUUCUGAGUUUGCUACAACCAAGUGGCGCGGUGCCAUGAUGGGAUCCGUCUUUGCCAUGCAGGGUAUUGGUCAAUUGGCUGGCGCCAUCAUCGCUUUGAUCGUAACCGCCGGUUUCAAGGAAUCUCUCCAAACCGCCAGCACUGUCGCCAAGUGCACUGGCGUUUGCAACCUCGCCGUCGACAAGAUGUGGCGUGUAGUUAUCGGCUUCGGCGCUGUCCCCGCUGUUAUUGCUCUUUACUACCGCUUGACUAUCCCCGAGACUCCUCGUUACACGUUUGAUAUCAACCGCGACGUUCUCCAGGCCAGCCAAGACAUCAGUGCUUACUUGGAAGGCGCCAGUGAAGGCCACCCCGAUCAGGUUGAGCGCGCUGCUGCUCUCCAGAAAGACAGCGAGCGCCUCGCUGCCCCCCAGGCCACAUUUUCUGACUUUCUCGCCUACUACGGCCAAUGGAAGAACGGCAAGACCCUUCUCGGUACUGCUGGUUCUUGGUUCUUCUUGGACGUUGCUUUCUAUGGCCUCGGUCUCAACAAUUCCAUCAUCCUGUCUGCAAUUGGCUGGUCUGGCGGCCACAACGUUUACGAAAUCUUCUACAAUACCGCUGUUGGCAACUUGAUCCUUAUCUGCGCCGGUGCCAUUCCUGGUUAUUGGGUUACCGUUGCUACCGUUGAUACCAUUGGCCGUAAGCCUAUCCAGCUCGGUGGUUUCAUCAUGCUUACCAUCCUCUUCAUUGUCAUUGGUUUUGCCUACGAUCCAUUGAAGAACUCGCACAACGGCCUCCUUGCACUCUACGUCUUGGCCCAAUUCUUCUUCAACUUUGGUCCCAACGCUACUACCUUCAUUGUCCCUGGAGAGUGCUUCCCUACUCGUUAUCGUUCCACCUCUCACGGUCUCUCUGCUGCCUCCGGCAAAGUCGGUGCCAUCAUUGCUCAGUGUGUCUUUGGACCUCUCAUUCACCGUGGCGCGCCUGCUGGUUCCUCUGACACCCCCUGGCUCAACCAUGUGAUGCAGAUCUUCGCUCUCUUCAUGCUUUGCGGUGUCUUCACCACUCUCUUGAUUCCCGAGACCAAGCGCAAGUCCCUCGAGGAACUCUCUGGCGAGAACCUUUACUGGGACAGCACCCCCACUCUCGCUAACCAAGAGAAGGCUGCAGAGGAGGGCCUUGCUAGCAAUGGUAACGGCAACUCUCACUAG